CGGAAGUAGAUUUGUUUUGUUGCCGCCAGCAACCUGAACAACGUGUAGUUGCGUUUUUCCUGCUAUGUGCUCAAUACUUUUGCAGAAAGUGCACAACAUGUUCAACGUGGAUGACUUCUGCCCAGAGGAGGAGCAGAAAAGGACCAAACGGAAGAUGUCUCUCUCAAAUUGUGGAGUUUGUGGAUCACAGGAAGCGAAGUACAGAUGUCCUGCCUGCCUCAGACACACAUGCAGUUUGCUGUGUGUGAAGAAACACAAGGAUGACUCCGGGUGCAGUGGUGUUAGGAAUAAAACAGCUUUUGUGACUUUGUCAUACUUUGAUGAAAUGACACUUCUCAGCGACUACAGGUUUCUAGAAGAUACUGGCAGAUUUGCUGACAGCGCCACCAGAGAUGAUCUCAUCCAGGCUCCACGUACAACUUUGAAAGCAAAGAAGUUGGCCUCCCAUGCUAGAAAGCUGAACAUCACCUUGAGGUUUCUCCCCGUUACCUUCACAAAGAGCAAAGAAAACUCCACCUUCUUUUAUACAAAGGAAAAGCAAUUCCUGUGGCAUCUGAAGCUCAUAUUUCCUCAGAGCAGCUCAGAGUUCAAUCAGAGGAGGGUGUCUGACACCCAGACCUUGAUCCAGAUCUUGACUGCUUAUAUUCACCCCACAGAGUCUGAUCCUGUAAUUCGUCAAAAAUUGAAGAUGUAUGUGCAUCAUCAAUUUGAACAUGUGAAAGUUUUCAUGAAAGCAGAGGGGAGAAAGGCUAACUCUGUGAGGUACCACGAGUUGGACGUUGAGAAAAGCCUCAGGGAUAACCUGAGUUAUAAAACAGUCAUUGAGUAUCCUGUACUGCAUGUUGUUCUCAGAGAUCACUGGAAGGACUACCCACUGAAAGGACCAGCUGAACCUGUAUCAACCCAAACAAGUUCUGCAACAAGGUGUGUUUCAGGAGACCAGACAGAGGAAGAGGAAGAGGGGGCCCAAGAUUUACAACCGAUACAAGGGUCUUGCGCUACGCAGAAAGCAAACGUUCACACAAGAACCCAAGACAUAACUCCUGAAACAGAACCACCGCUGCAGAAAAAGGCCAAGACGGGCAUAAGAGAAGAAGAACAAGAGGAAGGAGAGAUUGUAGACAGCAGUGAUGAAGAGGUGGAAAUUGACAGCAGGGAUCAGUGUUUAAGCAACUACCUUCCUGGUGAUGCCUCAACUUGUAGAGAAAGUGCUGAAGUCACAGUGACCGAGGAGAAUCCCGUUAAUGAAACAGAGUGUGUUCUGACUCAUCACAUUCAGCUUGGAAAUGACUCAGCUGCUGCUUCAGACAGCUGUCAGGUGGAAUGAUGAUCGAGAGGAUGCUGUUAAACUGAGUGACGAAGCAGAUUUGGCAGGAAGUAACCAAGAUAUGCCUUUACUCGGCUCAUUUAUACAGACUGUGUUAAAAAAAAGAACAAAUACAUUAGUAGAUCCAGAACCAUGUCUUUUCUCAAAUAAAAUUGUUCUUUGUAGUAA